AUGGCGCCCAAGGGAGAGAAGAAGCCAGCGGAGAAGAAGCCUGCAGAGAAAGCACUUGCCGCCAAAGCUGAGAAGAAGAUCCCAAAGGACGCUUCCUCCACUGACAAGAAGAAGAAGAAAAACAAGAAGAGCGUUGAGACCUACAAGAUCUACAUCUUCAAGGUUUUGAAGCAGGUUCAUCCUGACAUCGGUGUCUCCAGCAAGGCUAUGGGGAUCAUGAAUAGCUUCAUCAACGAUAUCUUUGAGAAGCUCGCUCAGGAAUCUUCUAGAUUGGCUCGCUACAACAAGAAGCCAACCAUUACUUCUCGGGAGAUCCAGACUGCUGUUCGCCUUGUUCUUCCUGGUGAGCUUGCAAAGCACGCCGUUUCUGAGGGAACUAAGGCCGUUACAAAAUUUACCAGUGGUUGA